GCCGGAAAUCAGGGGGUCAGCUGCGGGUGUUUUGCCUUCCGCGGGCCGCUUGGCACGAUGCUUUGUGGUCCCUGCCGCCUCCUCAGGGCCUCCGUAGCGCCCACCGCGGCCCUGGCUGCGGCGCUGCUUUCGUCGCUCGCGCGCUGCUCUCUCCAGGAGCCGAAGGACCAGGUGGCUUCGGCGCUCAGCCCCUACUUCGGCACCAAGACUCGCUACGAAGAUGUCAACCCCGGACUACUGUCGGACCCCGAGGCGCCGCAGCGGGACCCAGAGCUGCUGGAGGGGAGCUGCACCCCGGUGCAGCUGGUGGCCCUCAUCCGCCAUGGUACCCGCUACCCCACGGCCAAGCAGAUCCGCAAGCUGAGGCAGCUGCACGGGAUGCUGCAGGCCCGCGGGCCGGGGGAUGAUAGGCCGGGCAAUGCCAGCGAUCGCGGCCUGGGCGCCGCGCUGGCUGACUGGCCGCUGUGGUACGCGGACUGGAUGGAUGGGCAGUUGGUGGAGAAAGGGCGGCAGGACAUGCGACAGCUGGCGCUGCGACUGGCCUCCCUCUUCCCAGCUCUCUUCAGCCGGGAGAACUACAGCCGCCUGCGACUGAUCACCAGCUCCAAGCACCGCUGCGUGGACAGCGGCGCCGCCUUCUUGCGGGGGCUGUGGGAGCACUACCAUCCUGGGUUGUCACCGCCCGACGUCUCAGAUAUGGAGUGUGGACCUCCAAGCAUAAAUGACAAACUAAUGAGGUUCUUUGAUCAUUGUAAGAAGUUCUUAACUGAAGUGGAAAGGAAUGCUACAGCUCUUUAUCAUGUAGAAGCCUUCAAAACUGGACCAGAAAUGCAGAGCAUUUUAAAAAAAGUUGCAGCUGUUUUGCAAGUGCCGGUAAACAAUUUAAAUGCAGAUUUAAUUCAGGUAGCUUUUUUCACCUGUUCAUUUGACCUGGCAAUUAGAGGUGUCAAAUCUCCUUGGUGUGAUGUUUUUGACAUAGAUGAUGCAAAGGUAUUAGAAUAUCUAAAUGAUCUGAAACAAUAUUGGAAAAGAGGAUAUGGAUAUACCAUUAAUAGUCGAUCCAGCUGCACCCUCUUUCAGGAUAUCUUUCAGCACCUGGACAAAGCAGUUGAAGAGAAGCAAAGGUCUCAGCCAGUUUCUUCUCCAAUCGUCCUUCAGUUUGGUCAUGCAGAGACCCUUCUUCCACUACUUUCUCUCAUGGGCUACUUCAAAGACAAGGAGCCUCUAACAGCUUAUAAUUACAAGGAACAAAUUCAUCGAAAGUUCCGAAGUGGUCAUAUUGUACCUUAUGCCUCCAACCUAAUAUUUGUGCUUUACCAUUGUGAAAAUGCCAAGACUCCUCAGGAAGAAUUUCAAGUGCAGAUAUUAUUGAAUGAAAAGGUGUUGCCCUUGGCUCACUCACAAGAAACUGUUUCUUUGUAUGAGGAUCUGAAGAACCACUACAAAGACAUCCUCCAGAGUUGUCAAACCAGCGAAGAAUGUGAAUUACCAAAGGUGAACAGCACAUCUGACGAGCUAUGAGUAAUUGAAGAACGUUUUUAGUUCAUCAGUGCUUCCCCAUAGGGAGUGAUUACAUGUUUAUAAUAAGUAGACAAUAUCUUGAUUACAGAAGCUUUCAUAUUACUUGGCUAUUUCUGUCUUUUCACAGAAAAACUAAGUUUUUUGGGGAGGGUCUGGACCUGAUACAUAGAUAAGAAAUGAUUUUCACUGGAGCAGCUGUCUUAAGGAAAUAAAAAAAUCUUUUCAGAGAGACAACUAACACAGAAAGUGUUUACAGAAAUGAAAUUUUUCCAACUUCUAUGAGAAACCUCACACUGAAGUAGAGUAUAAUUUGAAAAUGAUACUUGCAAAGUCCUAGAUUAUCAAAACAUGUCAAUUGGAUGAUCCGUAAUUUGAUUUAACUGGUCUAAUUGUGCUAUAGAUCUGUUUUUUUUCCCAGGUGGAACAGUUCUAGUAUUAAUUGUGUCUCUUAAUCAGAAAUAUUGUGAUUAACUAAGAGUAUCACUUUAGAAGAAAGCUAACAAAGUAAGACUUUGAAACAGUGUUAAGAAACAGACUGAUUUAAAAGGGCAUUUUCACUGAAUGAAGCAAGAAAAAAGUAAGAAUUAUUUUUGUUAAUAGUAUUUUAUAAAGUAUUUAAAUUCUUUCAACAAUUACUUUUAAUAAGUCUUGCAAGGCUAUUUCAAUUAUCAUCAGACCUGUUUUAAGUAUACAAAAAUGGAAAGACAAAAGAGGACCAUUAGCAACAAGUCAGAUGGAUAAAUCAGAGUUUCUUAAAUUCAUUGUUUAGGUAUCUUUUUCAUUUUGUCCCUUGGCUCCCAUUUUUAAAUUUUAUUAUGUGAAGUGUAUCCUUUUUUUUUCUUUUUAUAUUCUUAGAUAUACAUGACAGUAGAGUAUAUUUUGACAUAUUAUAUAUACAUGGAGUGUAACUUCCCAUUCUUGUGGUUAGAAAUGCAUCUUUUGGUUGUUUGAUUUCUUUUUCAUUAAAAAAAAGAAUAUCAUCCUAGCUGACUUAGUUUCAUACAUCUGAACUCAUUUCAUAGAAAUACUUCUGAGUUCUAUCAAAUGCCAUGAAAAUAUUUCCUACAAUAAACAAAAUUCUUCUUUACCUGAUCUUUUCUGCUCUCCUUGUUGAAAUUCAGUCAGUUAUUGAUGUUGGAAUUUCAUACAGCCUUGACUCAGUCAGGCAACAUAAGGCAAUUUUCCAGUAGAAAUUUCUUCAAAUGAAUAGAUUAUUGUUAAUACAUUUUAUUUUAAUCUGUCUUCUCUUUAAAGAUUAUAUCUUUCAGAGGAAGAUGUAGGAUUUUUUCAAAAAUGUAUAGCUACUUUUGGGGCUGGAGUUGUGGCUCAGUGGUAGAGCACUUGCCUGGCCUGUGUGAGGCCCUGGGUUCGAUCCUCAGCCCGCAAAUAAAUAAAUAAAUAAAAUGAAAGAUCCAUUUACAACUAAAAAAAAAAAAUUAAAAAACAAUGUAUAGCUACUCUUACAAAAUAACAUGAAGUAAAGUCUCAAUUUACUAGAAUCCAUUGCACUAAUUUUUUGAUAGUUUACUUUUGAGGGGAUACAUCAUACAUAAACAAACACAUAUUAAAAAUGUGCGUGUGUCUGUGUAUAAAUUGUCAGGUGUGAUUUGGAUUAGGACUCUCUUAAUCAAAUUUCAGUAGAUAAAAAUGGAAAAAUCCACUUCAGGCUUAAAGAAAAAAAAACUAAAAUAGAAUCUUCCUUAGUACUAUUUUCUAGUUAGUGUUUAAUUUUUCAGUCAAUGAAGUUGUAAUGAUUUAGGGAUAUGAUUAAAAAAAUUUUAAACAUUUUUUCUGUGUACAAGAAAACCUCUUGCUCCUUUCAUUUUUGCAAAAUAUAAUUGAGACACCCUUAAAAUUAUAUUUAUUGUUGUAUUAUGGGAUUUUGCCAGUACCUUUUGAAUGAAUUUUCUAAGUUUAAAAAAAAGUAAUACUAAUAAUUAAGUAAAAAAUACUAGUCAACACUUGAGGACUUUAAAUAUGGUGUUUGUGCUAUGAAAAGUUUCAUUUCUUUAUGGCAUUUUGAGAAAUGGAAUUACCUGCAAUGGCAAAUAUUCAGAAAUGGACAUGGAACAGAUUAAUUCAGGUAUUGUCCCUAGCACACAAAUCUUAAAAGGAAAGUAUAGAUGUUACAAGAAAAGAAUCCCAAGUUCAAAUGAACUUGGAAUUCUGUUUCCUGCGUAUGCCCCAGUCUUAACAUGCUACCUUGUUUGACCUGAGAAUUCUUUUUAAAGAAGAAUCCUCUUGUAAAUGAUAAUAUAUUUGAAAAUUUUUGUAUUUAACAAUGUCAUUUGGUACUGUUAAUUUAGCUCCGUAGUAGCUAAGCAUGCUCAAGGCCCAGGAUUUGAUCCUCGGCACCAUUAAACAAACAAACAGACCAGGUCAUUUAGGUUUCUUUCAGAUAAGAGAAUAGUGAAUAAUGGAAUUAAAUACAACUUGAAAAAGGCUGUACUCAGUUGUACAUUAGAGUAAAUAGGUGGUAUUAUUAAAAUUUUUAUCUUAAAAUACUGUUUUAUAAUUUAAUUUUCACUUAAAAAAUGGAAACCCAUUCAAUUAAAAAUCUGAACAAGAAAGUAUCAAAAUAGUGUAUUGAAAUUAGAAGAUUCAUAGAUUGUUGAUCUUACAAUGAAUUAUGUUCCUAAAGUUGAUGAUUAGCUGGUAAAUGCUGAUGCAUUAGUACACUCAUUGUGAUUAUUUCUGCAAAAUUCUGCUAUUUCUUUUCUUUUUAAUUUGUAAAUAUGCAGAUAAGAGAAUAAAAUAAUAAGCACUCAUGCCCAUCCAAAAUGCCAAAAUUAACAUUGUAAUAUUUGUUUUAGAAUGUUACAAGAACAGCUUGGAGUACUUUUGUAGACCUCCCCUUUUUUCUCUCACUCCUUUCCUAGAGGUAGCCAUCAACAUAAAAUCGGUAUUCACUGUUCCAUGGCAUGCUUGACUCUGGAAACUUGUACUUUUUUUGUGGUAUUUAAAAUUUUUUCUAUAAAAGUUCUUAUACAUUGUAUAUUAUUCUUGAAUGAGUGAUUGAACAGCAUUUUUUCAAGAUUUCUUGAUUCUGAUCAUUUUUUGCAAAUUAAUUAUUUGACUUCAUCAGUACCUAUUGAGCACUUUUCGUGUAGAAGCACUAGACUUAGUAAAUAGGAUGUAAAGAUGAAUGAACACUUAAAGGGUUGUCUUAAUAGAACUUGAAAACAAAUUUAUCUGGUGUCUCGCACUAACUGAACGACUUGAUUCUUUUAAUGUAAAAUAUUAAAGACUAUGAAAGUUUCAUAAGAA